AAAGAGGCAAAUAUGGCGUCGGCGUUUGUUAACUGCGCGUGCCUGUAGAGGAGUAUUAUGAUGCUAGCGCGGCACAACAAAUUCAGAUUGAGUUUGACGUUACAAGAGUGAAGUGCUGCAGGAUGGAUUACGAACCGCAAAUAGGAGAUCUUGUUUGGGCGAAAAUGAAGAGCUAUUCCCCAUGGCCAGCCCGUAUCGUCAAGCCUGGUCCUAAUUCCAAGAAGCAGAGCAAGAAAGGCAGCCACUGGGUUUACUUUUUCGGGUCCAAUAACUAUGCCUGGAUUGAGACUCCCAAUAUUAAACCCUAUGAAAAGUUCAAAGAAAAGUUCUCUGGAUUGUGCAAAUCGACACCCUUCAAGGAUGCUGUCGAUGAUAUUGAAGAUUACAUUAAAAAGCGAAGUGAGGACUCGAAUUACGAUGCUGUUUUCGAGAGUUUACUAAAAACCGAAUCGGAACUCGUGAAACAACAGCAGCAGCAAUCCCCAAAGAAACCAAGAAAGAGUGGGGCCAGCAAACGUCAAUCGUCAGAUUCUCCGCGAAAUACGUCUGCAAAAAAGCCAAAACCGCAAUCGCCCUCGUUGAAGUUUGACGAAAAUGGCACAUCGGAAGAACCAUACGAAGAGGAAAUUCUUAAUCUACCCCCGAUUCUGAGUAAACCGGAGUCUCCUAAAUUAGAUUUAAACAAAGUCUCCGUGGAUUUAAAAAACAAAAAUAUUUCCGCCUCUCCAAUGGCUUUCGGUUUUAUGGGACUUGGCAAUAUGGGGUCGAACGUCGUCAUGAAUUUGAUCAAUUCGGGACACAGAGUCAAUCUUUGGAACAGAUCAUCGCAAAAAUGUGACGAAAUCAAGGCCCAGGCAGACGCCAAUCAGCUGGGGUUGGUCCAGACAUAUCAGACCCCUUGUGACGUUGUCCAAAACUCUGACGUUGUGUUUAGCUGUUUAGCAGAUCCUCGUUCGGCAAAGGAGGUGGUGAUAGGAAACUGCGGCGUGAUCCACCAAGCGGAAGGCCCUGCUGCCCUCGCCGGCAAAGGAUACGUGGAGAUGACCUCCAUCGAUCCGGACACUUCCAAAGACAUAUGUAAUAUUAUCGAGAGCAAAGGAGGACGCUACUUGGAAGCCCAGAUGCAAGGAAGCAAGAAGCAAGCUGAGGACGGUAGUCUGAUAAUUUUAGCAGCGGGCGAUAAGUCGCUCUUUGACGACUGUCAGACGUGUUUUAAAGCGAUUGGCAAAACGGCGUUUUAUUUGGGCACCGUGGGCUCGGCGACCAAAAUGAAUUUGUGCAUUAAUAUGGCUCUGGGGAUUGGGCUCGCUGGGCUUGCGGAGAGCAUGGUUUUGGCGGAACGAUGCGGUCUUUCGUGUAAAGAUUUCCUGGAGAUUUUUAACUUGUCGGAGGGAGCCUCCAACUAUCUGUCGAAUAAGGGGCAGUUGAUUAAUAAUCGGAGCUUCUCCAAGGUCGAACAGGCCUUGGAGUACAUGCAGAAAGAUAUCAAACUAUGUCUUGAUAUAUCGAAUGACGUUAAACAAAACCUACCGGUGGCUGCAGCCGCUAACGAGGCGUACAAAACGGCAAGGCGGUCAGGGUAUGACGAACACGAUGUCGCUUUAGUUUUUAUGAAAAUGCGGCAUUAGUCACAGUUCACACAUUUCGUUAAACUUAGUUCACUUGAACAUGGUAGUGUUCUUCCUCUGGAUUCGUUUAAUUAUUGAUUCGCAUUGACUGUUUUUUUGACGAAGACACUCUGUGCCUACAAUUUUUUAUUUAAUUUGAUGAUGUUAAAGAUUCAAACAAAAUACAGUACUCAAAUCUUACGUUGGCGUAGAAAUUGCUUGAUUUUCUAUUUUAUAUAUAAUUUGUAUUGUCGCUUAAUUUGCAAUUUUCGACGUUCCAAAAUCUCUGGACUACGGCAAUGACAACAUGCUAUGCAAAUUCAUUGAACAAGUCUGCAAGUAUCGAUAAAUGAGUUUGUAAUUAACGUUUUGUUUAGGUGUUCUGUAAGUUUUUCUAUUACAUAAUAAAUAGUUUAUCAAUAAAAGUAUAAACAAGUGAA